GGGGGCGGGCGGCGCUCGGUGGCUGCGCGGCGGCGGAGCCGGGCGGCGGCGGCGGCGGCAGCGGCCUCGGCAUGCGCCGGCGCUAGCGGCAGAGCCCGUGCGCCGCGAUGGGGCGGUACUCGGGGAAGACGUGCCGGCUCAUCUUCAUGCUGGUGCUCACCGUCGGCUUCUUCGUGGCCGAGCUGGUGUCGGGCUACCUGGGCAACUCCAUCGCGCUGGUGUCCGACUCCUUCAACAUGCUCUCGGACCUCAUCUCGCUCUGCGUGGGCCUCUCCACGGGGCGCAUCGCCCGCCGCAGCCGCCGCGGGCCCCGCGCCACCUACGGCUACAGCCGCGCCGAGGCGGUGGGGGCGCUCAGCAACGCCGUCUUCCUCACCGCCCUCUGCUUCACCAUCUUCGUGGAGGCCGUGCUGCGCCUCGCCCGCCCCGAGCGCAUCGACGACGCCGAGCUGGUGCUCAUCGUCGGCGCCCUCGGCCUAGCCGUCAACCUCGUGGGGCUCCUCGUCUUCCAGGACUGGGCCGCCUGCUGCCGCCGCCGUCCCCCGCCGCCCCCCGGGCCCGGGCCCGCCGCCGCCGCCGCCGCCGCCGCCGCCGCCGCCGCCGAGCCCCCCCCCGCCGCCGCCGCCGCCGCCGAGCCCCCCGCCGCCGGCGCAGCAGGUGAUUCACCAAAUGACCAAAAGAGGCCUGAGGAGAGGUCUGAGAGGAAAACAGAGAAAAAAUCCGAAGCCUUGAACAUCAGAGGUGUUCUUUUGCAUGUUAUGGGAGAUGCACUUGGAUCUGUGGUUGUGGUAGUUACAGCUACAAUCUUUCAUUUACUUCCUCUGAGUGCUGAUGCGCCAUGUAACUGGCAGUGCUAUAUCGAUCCAAGCCUGACAAUAAUUAUGGUGUUCAUCAUUUUGUCUUCUGCAUUCCCGCUUAUCAAAGAGACCUCGGUUAUUUUAUUGCAGAUGGUUCCCAAAGGUGUUAAUAUGCAACUACUGACUGACAGACUAGCUCAUGUGCCAGGGGUUAGCAACCUCCAUGAGGUGCACGUCUGGGAGCUUGCAGGUGGGAAGAAUAUUGCUACUCUUCAUGUCAAGUGCCAAACCCCUACUGUUUACCAAGAUGCUGCUUAUAAAAUACGGAAGGUUUUCCAUGAAGCAGGGAUCCAUUCUGUGACCAUCCAACCGGAGUACCUUGACCACAAGACCUCCCAGCUCCUGUGCAGCUCGCCCUGCAUCUCAAAAGAGUGUGACUCUCAGCUCUGCUGCAGUCAGCAGGAGGCAUCACUCCCCCAAACUAAUGGCUAUGUCGAGAAAAAUGAGAGUGGCCUUUCUGCAGUGCGUAAAGACAAUGGCUCAAGCAAAAAUGAUAUUGAAAUCCCUAUUGAGUACCCACUGACAGAGGAUACUAUUAAAAACAAGAAAAAUUGUACAAUGUCUGAUGACAAAUCGCGGUUGAGCAGUACGCGAUUUUAAGCAGUUCACUCUGCGUAAUCUUUCCUUAGAACAAAAGUAUCCUGGCCGAAAAGCGGGCCAUCACAGGUUGUAGCUAAGUUGGUGUGGCAAAGAGAAAUCUGUACUUUAGCUGUAAACCAAAAUACACUUAAAAAGCUUGCAUCUGAAAUAAGAAUUAAUAUUUUCAUGAUGAGUCUUGUGCUCGUCUAAGAGUUUUCUGAUACAGCCUAACACAGUUCCUUAUCAAACUAUGCGUGCACUUCUAUUAUUAGGGCAAACCGGGUGUACUGCAGCCUACACUGAUGCUUGCAGUUUAUGGCCAGUGGCACUGCAAAUUGAACUCUGGCUUUUCUACUGAAGUGGGCUGUGUCCUGAAAGCCCUAUAGCAAGUGAGUGUAGUGAGUACUGGACUGAAGUACUGUAUAUUUAUAAAGGACUUCAGUAGAGAUGUUUUACUGAUCCUUAAAGCCCAUUUUGCAUAAACAGGAGUUCAUUUUUAACAGUAACUCUUGUGCUUCUGUACUGUGAGUUUGUGAAUGAAGUUAAGAGUGUCUAAUAGGGAGAGGAAGCACUCAGGAAAGUUUGGCUUGCAUUAUUUUCUUGAUUGACUUCUGUAUUUAGGGUCAGAGCAGAAGCUGAUCCUACUUCUCUACUAAUAAUACUGGAGUCUUAGCUUAAUUACAGAUAAGUGUGCUAACGAAUAUACUUCCUCUUAUGAAAGCUAAAGGGUACUUACUAGCUAAUAUUGUCUCUGCUGAUUCUAGUAAAUGAAAAUGCGGGCAGUCAUCAACUUUUUUUGUUCACUGUUGUGAUUAUACAACUCCUUUUCUUUUUUUUUUUCUUGACAACAGACGUUAUAAUCGCUACAGUCAUAAUACUGCAAUCAUUCCACAUGAUAAUGAAUCUUUAACACUGAGUGUCUGUCAUUAUUCAUACUGAAUAAAUAAGCUAAUGUAGCUAUCAGGAAUAGUUAAAAUUCUGCAACUCCAUUUUGCCAUUAAGACACAAUUUAAUAUUGCAUUAAUUAAGAAAGUCCCUUUAAAAUUUUAUAUGCAGUGUUACCACUUAAAGGGAGCUGUUUAGAGUAUGGGGAAUUUUUCCUGUUUUAAUCUAGAUUCCCUCUUGUAGAUUGAUUUUAAACAUUCAAGCCCCCCUCUCCCCACCAAGGGAUGUAUUUAGUGAAGCAUUUCCAUUAUCUUUUUGCUACUUAUACUUCUUGAGGACAUGCUAGGGUGCUUUAAGGAAAACAACACGACAUGCCCUGUCACCACCAGAUCCUCACCGAGCAAAGCACAUGGCCUCACCUGGCUAGGCAGAUCCGAUCCAGAAGCUUUCAAAUGAGUUUUGCUAUCAAAAGCAGCCUUUCAGUGCUGCACCUAGCCUGGACAAGCUAUUUAUUUGUUUGCAAGGACACCUUUAUAAAAUAGUGGUGUUCUUUACCUCAAUGGCACCUUAGCAGAAAGGGCAAAGAGAUUUCCUGCCUGGGCUGGGAAAAUACCAGGACUUUCUUGUAAGGCUAGCUUGAAAGUAGCCAACUCCUUAUUAAUAAGGAUGAUUACAUUAAGUCAAUGAAUAUUAAAAGACACAGCAGGAUGUUUUGCUGCUUGGUAAAUGAUAUUUACUGAAGGAAUGAUUGCAAUCUAAAUAGCACAUUUCUAGAUUUGUAUUUACCCCUUUUGAGCAGAUUCUUGAGUAAAUGAAUAUAUUUUUAUAACCUUCCAUGGUAGGUUUGUAUUAAAUAUGUUAAACUAUAUGUUAAUAGCACUAAUAGCUUGAUCCUGCAGUCUCUUUGACCCUGUUGGCAGCAGUAGAGGUGAAAGCAGCAGGAUUUUGCUUCACAGUUGAACAAAUUAAUGUAAAUCAGGAAACACAAGAAUUACUCUGCCAUUUAAAAGUGUAUGGCAUGAGGUAAGACAGCCUUUGCUUAUGUUCUGUUUUUCUGUCUUUUUUAUUUUCAGCUAUGAUGAUGUUUAAAUGUAGGGUUUUAGAUCUAUAUAAUAUAUUUAUAGGGUUGUGUGCUUCUCCCCCCCCUCCUUUGAGAACCAGAAGAGAAGGCUCUCAAAAUAAUAACAAAGUCUAUGGGUGAACUCACCUCCUGCUCAGCUCCCAGAUAUCCUUUUAAUAAAAAGCACUCUUUCAUGCUCAUGCAUUUGUGUCUUAAAUCAGGUAGCCUUUUUUUCUGUAUUAAAUUGUUGAAAGAUGUAAUAGCAGUAUUGUUUUACUCUGGAAUUAGAGGUGUUUAAUGUUGAGGUAUUUGAUAAAAUGGACUGUCUUUUUCUUUAUUCUUCUAAUACUUGUUAAAACAGUGGUUAUCUAUUUCUUAAGUCUUUAAAAGUGUUGUAACCUGAAUAUACAAUGAAGUAACAUUCUUAAACUUUUUUGCCUGUCUGGUCAAAUGUACUGUAAUUAUGUACUGAAUGUACUGUAGCCUGUGAAUAAAUAGGAAAAUACCAGGGGUUAUAGAAAUCUUCAGGUCUAGAAAACAAGUAUAUUCAAAUUUUGUUUUAUUGCAUCAAAUCCGUUCAAAUUACUUAAGCAAACAAAACCAACAGAACAGUGUUACUGAGUAGGUGAACCGUGCUUUUUCUGUGGAGAGACUUUUGGGGUAUCCCACAAAGGUCCCUGUCCCAGUAUCUUUGUCUUCGUUUGGAUCCUACAACAAUUUUUUUUUCUCCUCUGGUUUUAAAUGUGUCAAAACUAGGCUCUACUGGAUGGUGCUUUGAUACUUUUGUAGAAGAUAUCAUUGCAGUCAGCAUGUACUUUUUAUUGGCUUAUUUCCCUUAAGUUCUUGGCAUAUUUUUUUCUCAUUCUCUUGAAGUACGUUUACCUCAUUUCAAAAUAUAUUUCAGUAUUCGCCCUAAUCUAGGGCACUUGUUCUGGAUUCAGUUCUGUAGCAUAUUACAUUUUGCUAAAUUCUUUUUUUGGCCUCUUUAACCUCAUUGCUUUUUCCCCCUCAUUUCAAUAAUGUAAAAUUUCUGAUUACUGCAGUUGCUUGUGCCACCCUGUUCUCUUCUUCAGCAUUUCCUUUCCACUUGCACCGUGAUGGCGUUCACUUUCUCUUGCAGUAUUCCCCCUUUAUGGCCAUCACUGUUGUCCGUAGUAAAGGAAUUCUGCUUAAAACGCAGGUGACUUUUAAACAAUUGUUCAGUUUGUGUGGCCCUCUGAUCCAUAACCAGUCACACAUGUGACCAAGUCAUAUGAGCAUGACACGUUUGCUGGCCAAGGAAGAUAGUGUUUGGACCAAGAGUAGUGGCUGCGAUAGAUUAACCUGACAUUGUUUGCGAAAGCAGUUUCCUGGCCUUCAUCAGUUGCGGGCCUUUUUUGUUGCCUUUUCAUAUGUUAUCCUUUGACCAAACAUACCCAUUUGACUUUUAAUUUUUCAUUCUUCUGUAUCUCUGUUAAUGCAGAUCUUGCCUUUGCUCUUCUUUCUUCUUAUGAUAUUUAUAGCAGUUUCCUUUGCUUUACCAAGUUUUCAGUUGACUUCCUUUUCCUUAUAUUCUUUUUCAGAUACUUAUUUUGACUUGUGAUGCAACCAUUUUUCCUUUUAGUAUUUUUCGUUCUUUGUCUUUUCGAUAAAGACAGUAAGGUUUUGCUAGCUCCUGGUGGUGGUGAUGUACGUAUACUACAGUUUACAAAUACCUCUUUUAUGCACUGGUUUAAUUUUUGCACUCCAUUUUAUUCAAAUUAAUCUGCUUUUUGGUCUUGCUCAGUGAUACACUUUACCAUUGCAAACUAAUUUUUGACCAUGUUUACUUCUACCUGCUCUCCAUUUUUUGUUUUGUUUUUUCUUGUUUCUUCACUCUCUCACUCAAUUAUAAUGUUCACCUUCCUGAAAGUUACCUUUUAUUCUGAACCUUGAAGGUGACGUGUUGGCACCUAUAUUUUCCCUGAGGUGAAAUUCACUGCGCAAGGUGGUGAAUAGCCUGGCCUGAUGUGAGCUACCUCGAGGGCUGUUUUAUGUCCUUUGGACUGCGCAGAAGCGCUAAGUGGUCAGCCUGGUAUGCAUCACUGGAGUUCUUGUGGGCGUUCCACCUGAACCAGCUUUCAAAGAAAG